UUGUGGUCAUCCGUGAUCCGUCAUUUGUAGCGUAUCGCCAUCCCGUCGUCAAUAAUUACGAUCCCGGGGCGUGUUCUUUAUUUCAGGACUGAAAUAAACUUUACGUUUAAUCCCGCUAAUUUAACUUAUACACAAGUUUCAAUCAAUUUCCGAGUGAUAGAACUGAAAUGCGAGUUUUAUGAACUCGUCACACGCCCCUCAGAGAUCGUGAACUUUUGAGUGUAAACUAGUGUUUUGUGCGUCUACGUUUUCGAGUAACUAUAGUUUUUGUCGGCAUAAGUUAAUCUGUGUAGUGUUAUUAGCCAGUGUUAGAGCUGAUGGUGUGCAGUGUUGAGUUUAGUGUGAGAUUUCUCGUAGUACAUUGAUGGGCCGCUUGCACGCGGGUAAGGCGGCAGAGAGGCCGCAUCGGCGGGUCACAGCUUCCCGGAGAGUUCAAAUUAAAAUCCGUCAACCUGGAACUGAUGGAAUUAGAAAAUAUCGUGGCCAACACUGUCUACUUGAAAGCCAGAGAGGGCGGUUCCGAUAGCAAUAAGGGCAAGAGCAAGAAGUGGCGGAAGAUCCUGCAGUUUCCUCACAUAUCGCAAUGCUUAGAUAUAAAAACAAAAAUAGAUGUAAACUACGAUUAUGUGGUGGAUCAGCAGCCGAUCGGGAAGCUGCUCUUCCGCCAGUUUUGCGAGCGGAACCGUCCUCAGUACCACAAGCACAACAGCUUCUUAGAUGCGUUCUUGGAUCGAUUGCAGGCGGAGAGGUACGAAGUGGAGCUGGACGAGACGCGCACCGCCCUCGCGGCCGAGGUGUUCGGCCUUUACCUGAAGGCUGAGGAUGCGGACGCCGUCACCGACGUGGUCUCCCCGACCGUGGUGGAAGAUGCGAGCAAGCUGCUUGAGGCCGGCUCCAAAGACAUAUUCAGUGAGUGCAUACGAUGUGUGAAGAGUUUCCUGGCGGGCAUCCCGUUCGCGGAGUUCGAGCGCUCGAUGUACUUCCACCGGUACCUGCAGUGGAAGUGGCUGGAGGCGCAGCCGAUCACCCAGAACACCUUCCGUAUGUACCGCGUGCUCGGCAAGGGUGGCUUCGGAGAAGUUUGCGCGUGCCAGGUCCGUGCGACAGGCAAAAUGUACGCGUGCAAAAAACUAGAAAAGAAAAGGAUAAAGAAGCGCAAAGGCGAGGCGAUGGUGUUGAUAGAGAAGCAAAUCCUACAGCGAAUCAACUCGCGCUUCGUCGUAAACUUGGCCUACGCGUACGAGACCAAGGACGCCUUGUGUCUCGUGCUCACAAUCAUGAACGGUGGCGAUCUCAAGUUCCACAUCUACAACAUGUGUGGAGCAGAUACAGGUUUGGGUCUGGAGCGGUCACGAUUCUACGCGGCCCAGGUCGCUUGCGGUUUAGAACAUCUGCACAAAAUGGGCAUAGUUUAUAGGGAUUGUAAGCCGGAAAACAUUCUAUUGGAUGACGCGGGUCACGUGAGAAUAUCGGAUCUUGGUCUCGCUGUGGAUGUACCCGAAGGAGGAAGCGUUCGCGGCAGGGUCGGUACCGUCGGCUAUAUGGCUCCAGAGGUUAUAGACAACGAGCGGUACACGUUCAGCCCCGACUGGUUCUCGUUCGGGUGCCUCGUGUACGAAAUGAUCGAGGGUAGAGCGCCUUUCCGCGCGAGGAAGGAGAAGGUCAAGCGAGAUGAGGUCGACCGCAGGGUCAAGCACGAGCAAGAGAAGUACUCGAGUAAGUUCAGCGAGUGCGCGCGUGCUCUGUGCUCCGCGCUGCUGGCCAAGGCACCGGCGGCACGGCUGGGUGCGGGCACCGCGGGGCGCCGGGGGGCAGCACAUGUUAAGGCGCACCGGUUCUUCACUCGGCUCAACUGGGCGAGGCUGGAAGCCGGCAUGGUGGUUGCGCCAUUCGUACCUGAUCCGCAUGCGGUUUACGCGAAGGACGUUUUGGACAUCGAGCAGUUCUCCACCGUGAAGGGGGUCGCCCUGGACGCGGGAGACGACACCUUCUACGGCAAAUUCAACACCGGCUCCGUCAGUAUCCCCUGGCAGAGGGAGAUGAUUGAGACCGGAUGUUACACCGAGCUGAACCUCUUCACACCAGAUGAUGAAGGCAAGGAGAGCCGGACGGCUGAUCUGCAGCUGGUGCCCACCGAUGAGGUGCAGGAGGAGGAGACGGGCUGUUUCAUGUUUGCUAGACGGGUGCUCUGCCCCCAGAAGAAGAUCCCAGCGCGACUCCGCCCCGUACACGUGCCGGACCACUUACUGCGGCCCUCGUCCCCGCCGCCCCCGGACCCCGCGCCCCCGGUCCCCGCCCCCGCCAGCUGACCACACUCGCCACGCGACCCAACGCACAACACUACCGAUGGGUAAGCUGGUAUGCCAUGUAGGGAGGUCCUGCGAGAUUAAUGGGCGCCUAGUACCCCGAGUGGAAGUCUUUAACUGAAAACUAGUAAUCAGAAGACCGAUAAUUGAUAUUUUCUACCUACGUUUAUCUAUAUAGUUCGCUUGAAAUUUAACUAAAAUAAAACGGCGCAAUCUAGCGACAGUACUGUUUCCCAAUAACUAGAUGGCGCUUCUGCCAUACCAUAUAAAUCGUAGUUAACUUUCACGCGAUCGAAUAACUUAACGCUGGUAGAAAAUCCCACAAUUGGCACCACAUGCUCGGAACCGAUUUCAUUCACUGGUUAAAUUAAUAACAGAUUAAAAAUAUUGAUCUUCGUUUUAUCUGUUAAUUGAUUGGACGAUUUGUAAGGAACUGAUUUGUAACCUUCAAUUUCGAUUUCGUUUAUUUAACCGGUUUAAUGGGGCAAGCGAAAUCGAAAAUGCGUCACGUUUUUGUCUAAAAUCGCAGCAAAAAUCGUUUAAAGCAUAAUUAAUGCUAGACCGUGGCGGGAACGUGCCUCGUAUGAGUACAGACUUGAUAAAAAACUUUACGAUUUUUUUAA